AUGUUUAUCGUAAACUAUGUUGAUUCACAAUACCGGCGGUUUCAGCACUAUUCCGUCCUCGGGGAAGCCGAUCUCCUGCCAAUCGAGAGCACGAAUUUUCGCGACCGCGCCAAAGAGUUCCGGUCCCACUGUCGGCUCGUGAAUGGCCUGCGUGGUCGCGAUCUUCCGGAAGAUACGCAGCGAAUUCUGGUCUCGAAGAAUCGGAUGGUGGACCUUGAUGGGAAGCUCGCGAUGUGGUUCCGCGGCGAGCCCGACGCGGUAUACGCGCGACUCGGGCUCGUUUCGCAUCCAAAGAAACAGCGGCGCAUGCCGGGCCCGGCGAUGCCCGAAUUUGCGAUCGACUACACGAUUCCGUUCCACCGCGUUCUCUGGCAUCCGGACAUUGUGCAAGAGAACGACGGCUCAAUCCGACUCCAUGCCGCCAGUCACACCUACAUCCGCGAAACAGAAACCGUCUCUCGAAGUGAUGGUCUUCAGCCAUCCGACUUCACUGUCGAGAAGCCUGACAAACUGAUGGCUCGUUACCUCGGCCCCAAGGUCAAGCUCUCUCGUCGUGUCGGCGUUCCGAUCGCGGACAUCCCCAAGCACACCGCCAAGCGUCAGCUCACGCCCCCCGGCAUCCACGGGUACCGCGGCCGCCGUCUGCGUGACUACGGCGUUCGCCUGAACGAGAAGCAGAAGCUCCGCUACCACUACAACAUCCUCGAGAAGCAGUUCCGUCGCACCGUCGACGAGGCGAAGCGCCGCAAGGGCAACACCGGCGAGCUGCUCCUCCAGCUGCUCGAGCAGCGGAUCGACAACGCGCUCCGCCGCGCGGGCGUGGUGCGGACGAUCUGGGCGGCCCGCCAGAUGGUCGUGCACGGGCACGUGAAGGUGAACGGCCAGAAGGUCGACCGCCCGAGCUUCGCGCUCAACGUUGGCGAUGUCGUGACCUUCCGCGACAAGAUCCAGCCGAUCAUCCGCGACAACAUGGAGUCGAUCGUCGGGCACAUCGUCCCGGACUGGAUGGAAUUCACCCCGGCGGACCUCUCGAUCCGCGUGGUGUCCAUGCCGACGUCCGACCAGGUGCCGUUCGACGUGAACACCAACCUGAUCUUCUUCCGCAAGUACAACAAGAUCAUCCUCGUCAUCGGCGGGGCGUUCUUGAUGGUUUCCUUCCUGCUCAUGGACUCGAUCGGGCGCAUGAGCGGGCAGCUCGGGCUGUCGCAGCCGUACGCGCGCAUCGACGGCGAGAAGAUCGACAUGGGCCGGUACUCGGAUUCGAUCCGGGAGCUGGAGGUGGUGCGGCGGGUGUCGCCCGAGGUGCUCGAGCUGAUCGGCAUCGACGGGCAGAACCUCACGGACCACUGGUUCCUGCUGGCGUACGAGGCGGAGAAGAACGGCCUGCUCGGCGGGCCGGGCGACGGCGGCGCGGAGUACAUCGAGACGGCCGCGACGCUCAUCGCGGACCGGGCGGCGCAGAUCGCGUCGCAGCAGGCGGCGAUGUUCGGCCCCAACGCGGCCCAGUUCGUCGCGCAGCAGCGGGCUCAGGCCUACCAGAUGAUGAGCGAGCAGAUGGUGAUGCGCCGCACGCUCGCCAUCCAGCAGGGCAACCCCGAGCGGGCGGUCGACCUCGCGCUCGCGAAGAUGCGGUCGAUCAUCCGGCUGCUCGAGACGCAGCCGGGGGCGGACACGAUCUCCCGCCCCGAGGCGCUGGAGUUCGCCGCGGAGCUGUUCGAUACGGCGGUCGUGAAAGUGGGUGUGAUCCCCGCGAACGCGAACGACGCGACGCUGCCGGAGGCGACGGAGGAGGAGAUCCUCGCGCACUUCGAGCAAUACAAGGAUCAGCGUCGCGGCGACAACGAGCUCGGGAUGGGGUACCUGCUCGAGCCGGCGGUGAAGAUCGAGUUCGUGGGUGUCGACCGGCAGGUCGUGAUCGACGCGCUGACGCCGACGGUGGACGAGAUCGAGGUGAACAAGUUCUGGCGCGAGAACAAGGCGCGGUUCGGCGAGGACUGGUCGGCCGCGAAGGCGAGCGCGACGACGGCGUACGUGCAGGCGAAGGCAGACGAGGUUCUGGAGCGUGUGGUACGGAUCGCGCAGCGUGAGAUGCGCCGCGUGACGCGGAACCUGGAUCGCGACGGGAAGUUCUACGUGCUGCCCGAGGGGUGGGACGAGCAGAUGCUCUCGUUCACGAACCUGAUCGCGGUGAUCCAGCAGGAGAUCUCGGACGAGUUCGGGUUCGACAUGCCGAUCCCGGCGUACACGCGUCCGGUGGCGAACUUCCUGGACCAGCAGGCCCUGCAGGGCCUGCGCGGGAUCGGGAGCAGCGCGUGGAGCCUGAACGAGACGACGCGGAUCCAGUUCCCCGAGCUGAUGAUGAACGUCCGGUCGCUCGACGGGAACCCGGAGUUCGGGCUGCAGGAGGACGUGGCGUUCGGCCCGCUCCGCUCGCCGACGGGCGUGUACUUCGUCCGCGUGCGCGAGGCGCGGGGCGAGGGGGCGCCGGCGGAGAUCGACGAGGACCUCCGCGCGAGGAUCGCGGCGGACAUCCGCGCGAUCAAGCAGUUCGAGGACCUCAAGGCGAGCGCGGAGGAAUUCCGCUCGCGUCUGAUCGCGGGGAGCUUCGACGAGGCGUUCCGCGAGAUCGCGCCGGACGCGACGUUCCAGAACGUCGAGGUGACGCGUCGCGACGUGGCCCGGCCGGGCCAGGGCAUCCCGGUGGCGCGGUUCGACCAGGAGCAGGUGCGCGGGGCGGUCAUGGAUCUCGUGCAGCAGUGGGACCCGCUGGUGGACGUGAUGCGCGACCUGCCGCUCGAGGAGCGGGUGCUGGUGAUCCCGCUGCCGAACGAGAAGACGCUCCUCGCGGCGAUGAUCACGGCGCGCCACGCGCUGACGUUCGAGGAGUUCUACGGCGCCCCGGUGUCGAUCCGGGCGCUGGCGAUGGAGAAGCGCGUCGACGCGCUGGAGUCGUUCCCGUUCUCGAUGGACUCGCUCAAGAAGCGUCUGAAGGUCGAGUUCCUCGACCGCAAGGACGACGAGGACGAGCAGGGCGAGGGCGAGGGCGAGAGAGCGUGUGAGCUGCUCGGGGACGUCGUCGUCGAGGGUGCGGACGACGCGCCUGGCGGUGGAGGCGUCGAAUCUCGGGCCGAGGCUGUCGAGCGCGCCGCGGUCGAUGAGGACGCGGAGGAGGGCCUCGACGACGCGUGCGGGGGGGACGGCGCCGCGGCCCCAGAGGUCGUACUCGGCCCACCGGAGGGUGACGUCGAUCGGAGCGGAGCCGUCCAGGCGGACGUCGUAGCGCCAGCCCCGGUCGGUUUCGUUCUCCUGUUCGAUGCUGAUGGUCGGUACCACGGGGCGAGCACAGCGGACCGAGGGCGGCGGCGGGGUGCGCGCGGAGUGCCGAUGUUCAUCUACGAGAUCAUCAAGCUUGGACUGAACAACCUCCGGCUGCACAUGCUGCGGUCGUUCCUGACGGCGCUCGGGAUCAUCUUCGGGGUCACGAGCGUGAUCGUGAUGGUGAGCAUCGGCGAGGGGUCGAAGCAGGCGGCGCUGGAGCAGAUCGAGCGUCUGGGGGCGCGGAACAUCAUCAUCCGGUCGGUGAAGCCGGCGGAGAGCGCCGAGCGUCAGCAGGGCCAGCAGCAGAGCUGGCAGAUCUCCUACGGGAUCAAGCGGACGGACCUGGACGCGAUCCGGGAGCUGUUCCCGAACGCGGAACAGAUCGUGCCGGUGAAAUCGGUGGGGAUGCAGGUGGUGCGCGGGGCGAAGCGGAAGACGUCCCAGGCGUACGGGACGACGCCGCAGCUCAAGGAGGUGGCGAACAUCCGGGUGAAGCGGGGGCGGUACCUGACGCAGGACGACCUGGACAACUUUGCGCAGGUGGCGGUGAUCGGGGACACGCUGGCGCGGACGUUCUUCCCGUUCGACGACCCGCUCGGGAGUACGAUUCGGAUCGACAGCCAGGUGUUCAUGGUGAUCGGGAUCCUGGAGCCGGUGGGGCUCGCGGGGGGAUCGGGGGCGGCGCUGGUGGGGCGGGACCUGAACGAGGACAUGCACAUCCCCAUCACGACGGCGCGGUCGCGGUUCGGCGACGAGCUGUUCCGGCGGACGUCCGGCAGCUUCAGCGCCGAGAAGGUGGAGGUGGAGGAGAUCUACUACUCCGCGUCGUCGCGCGAGACGGUGCUGCGUGACGCGGCGGGGCUCAAGCGCCUGAUGAGCGUGAAGCACCCGGGGCUGAACGACAUCUCGAUCAUCGUGCCGUUCGAGCUGCUGGAGCAGGCGGAGCGGGCGGCGCUGACGUGGCAGAUCGUGCUGGGCUCGAUCGCGGGGAUCUCGCUGCUCGUGGGCGGGAUCGGGAUUAUGAACAUCAUGCUCGCUUCGGUGACGGAGCGGACGCGGGAGAUCGGGAUCCGGCGGGCGCUGGGGGCGACGCGCCGGAACAUCAUCACGCAGUUCAUCGUGGAGACGGGCGUGCUCAGCGCGAUCGGGGGGCUGCUCGGGGUGGCGCUGGGGGUGGGGAUCUCGGUGGGGAUCAACCCGGCGUUCGAGUUCGUGAAGAAGUUCACGGAGAUCGACUCCGAGCUGGCGACGCAGAUCACGAUGUGGUCGAUCGUCCUCUCCUUCGCGGUCGCGGCGAUGACGGGCCUGAUCUUCGGGAUCUACCCGGCGAUCGUGGCGUCGAGGCAGGGCAAGGCGGUCCGCUCGAAGGCGACGUCCGACGCGGCCCGCUCCGCCGCGAUGGCGGCUGUCGCGACGCAGGUGCGGGCAUUUCCGGAUCUGCGUCUCGAGGCGCUGGAGGCGGAGGGCCUGAGCCCGCUGGACGCGUCGUUCGCCCACGCGGUGUACGACACGGUGGUCCGGCGGUGGCUCACCCUGCGGUUCCUGCUCGAGCGGAAUCUGAAUGUUCCGUUCGAGAAGCUGGAGCCGCACGUGGCCUCGGCGCUGCUCUGCGGGGCGGCGCAGGUGGUGCUGAUGGACAGGGUCCCGGCGCACGCGGCGGUGAACGAGGCGGUGAACUGGGCGCGGCUUAACGCGUCGCACCGCUCGGGCGGGCUGGUGAACGCCGUCUUGCGCAAAGUGGCGGGGAUGGUGGACGAGGGCGAGCCGCGGCGCGAGCGGGCGACGGACCGGCGGGACGAGCUGCCGCUCGCGGACGGCGGCGCGGUGGCGUUGAAGGAAUCGAUCCUCCCGGAGGAGACGGCGGAGCGGCUCGCGGUGACGACGAGCCACCCGGCGUCGCUCGUGGGGUUCUGGGCGAAAUCGUUCUCGAUCGAUCGGGCGAAGGCGAUCGCGCUGCACGGUCUGUGCCGGCCGCCGGUGAUCCUGAACACGUCGUGCGCGACGGCGCCGCUCCCGGCGAGCGCCGUGCCGCACGUGCUGACGGGGCACCACGUGUUCACGGGGGAGAUGUCGGCGUUGCGGGAGCUGCUGGCGUCGCGGGGCGACGUCUGGGUGCAGGACCCGGCGAGCUCGCUCGCGGCGGAGUCCGUCGUGGACAUGGAGCCGAGGGUGGUGAUGGACGUGUGCGCGGGGAAGGGGACGAAGACGCGCCAGCUGGCGGCGACGUUCCCGAACGCGGAGAUCGUCGCGACGGACACGGACGCGGGUCGGUUCCGGGAGCUGAGCUCGGUGUUCGAGGGUUCGGCGCAGGUGCGGGUGAUCCCGUUCGAGUCGAAGAUGGAUCACGCGGGGCGGGCGGACCUGGUACUGCUGGACGUUCCGUGCUCGAACACGGGUGUGCUGGCGCGGCGCGUGGAGGCGAAGUACCGGGUGAGCAAGCGCCGGACGGACGAGCUGGUGGAUAUCCAGCGUCAGAUCGUUGCGGACGCGAUCCCGCUGCUGCGGGACGAGGGCCGGGAGCGCGGGAAGAUCCUGUAUUCGACGUGCAGCCUGGACACGCGGGAGAACGAGGGGAUCGCGUCGUGGGCGAUCGAGUGGCACCGUUUCCGGGGCGCGCGGGAGCACCGUCGGGCGCCGGAGGGCGUUCCCGGGGGGCCGGCGGAGAAGUAUUCGGACGGUUCGUACGCGGCCACGGACAAGAAGGGCGUGAUCGAUGAGCUCGUCGAUCUGCUGGCGGACGCCGGGAAGGUGUCCGACCCCUCCGAGCUGAAGGAAGCCGUGUGGACGCGCGAGACGGCGCGGACCACGGGCAUCGGGUAUUCGCUCGCGAUCCCGCACGGCAAGAGCGCGGGCGUGCCGGACCUGGCGAUGGCCAUCGGCAAGCCGGCGGAGCCGAUCGAUUUCAGCGCGAUCGACAACAAGCCGGUGCGCCUGAUCGUCCUGCUCGCCAGCCCACUCGACCGCACGAGCGACCACAUCCAGGCGCUCGCCCGGAUCAGCCGACUCAUGGCGUCGGAGGAGUUCCGCUCACAGAUCUACGCGGCUGAAUCGCCCGAGCAGAUCCACGAGCUGCUCCAGUCGCGCGAGAUGGACGCGGCGGAGGGCCUCGCGGUCGCGGUCCGGGUCUUCCGAGUUCUCGGCGAAGAUGCCGCGGAGGUUCUCGUUCACGGCGGCGCCCUGUUUCGCGACGCUUUCGGCUUCGUCCUCGGUGUGGGCGUUGGCGGAGCGGAGCUGGGCGAUGGCGCUGCGGAACUCUUCGGAGGCGCGGACCUGGGCGAGGCGGGCACGGGCCUGCUCGUUAAUGCGGCGCUGGUUUUCGAGGUCCUGCACGAGCUGGGAGAGCUCGGUGAGCGCGGCGUCGAGGUGCUGGGUGGAGAGGCCGCGGGCCCAGCGGAUGUAGGCCUCGGAGCGGUCGGGGUCGACGCCCUUGAGGAGGACGCUCAUGAUGCGGCGGACCUCGUCUGGGGUUUCGUCGCUGAACUCGAGGCCGAGGCGUGCUCGACGGUGCCCAGUCGGCGGGGUGCGGAGAUGCGGCCGAAGGCGGCCAUGGCGAAAUCCACCUGGGAGAGGCGGUCGAGGCGCUGCUGGUUGCGCGUCACCUCGGCGCGGCUCGAUUCGGACGCGAGGGGGUUGAUGAGCUCGUCGGACGCGGCGCUCGCCGGGCCGCCCUGGUUCUGGGCCGUGAUGGCCUGCCAGUUGGCGACGGACGUUGUCUCGGCGGAGGCGAUGGACGCGGCGGCCAGCGCGGAGGCGGCGCACGCGAUGAUGGUCCGGGUCUGGGGGCGCAUGUUUCCCUAUCUCUCUUUCGCGACGAGCACACCGGGGGACCCUGUGCGGGGCGGGGGACUCGAGUGCGAAGUGUCUGACUCCAGCGUCGCGGACCUGUCAAGGGGCGAGGCGGCGCGAUCGCGGAAUCCGGUCGGGGGUGGCAUGGCGAACGCACGCGGAGAACAGCCGGUCGGGGCGGGCCUGACGCGUCGGAUCGGGCCGAUUCUGGUCGUCCUCCUGGCGGCGCUGGGGGCGUACUGGCCUUCGUUCGGCGGGGCGUUCGUGUACGACGAUCUGUCGAACAUCGUGGACAACCCGGUGAUUCGUCAGCUCUGGCCGCCAGACCCCUGGCUGGACGUCGGGCGGCGGCCGCUGGUGAACCUGACCUUCGCGCUGAACUACGCGGCCGGGGGUCUGGAGGUGUGGGGGUGGCACGCGGUGAACUUCGCGGUGCACGCGUGCGUGUGCCUGGCGCUGCUCGGGCUCGUGCGCCGGGCGUGCGAGUUGAGGGGGAUGGAGCCGCGCUCGGCGCGGACGGUGGCGUUCUGCUCGGCGCUGCUCUUCGCGGUGCACCCGCUCGGGACGCAGGGGGUGACGUACGUCGUGCAGCGGAGCGAGUCGAUGAUGGCGCUGUUUUAUGUGCUCAUGCUGUGGGCGCUGGCGCGGUCGGGCGGGUCCGAGCGGGCGUGGCUCUGGCUCUCGCUCUCGGUGGUGUGCUGCACGCUCGGGAUGGCGAGCAAGGCGGUGAUGGUGACGGCGCCGGUCGCGGCGGUGGUGUUCGAUCGGCUCUUCCUGGCGGGGUCGUGGCGGGAGGUGGCGCGGUCGCGGUGGGGGUAUUACACGGGGUUGCUCGCGUCCGCGUCGGUGCUCGUGUUCUGGGAUGUGGUGGAGGGGAUCAUCCAGCCGCCCCCGGAGUUCGAGGCGACGGUGGGGUUCGCGUACGAGGGGAUCACGCCGCUGGAGUACCUGUUGGCGCAGGGCGGGGUGAUAUUGCACUACCUGCGGCUCGUGUUCGUGCCGACGGGGCUGCGGAUCGACUACGCGUGGGACCGGCCGGGGACGGUCGCGUCGGCGUUGCCCGCGGUGCUUGCCGUGGGGGCUAUGUUCCUGGCGAGCGCGUGGUUCGCGCUGGUGAAGCAGCGGGCGUGGGCGUUCUGCGGGCUGGCGUUCUUCCUGAUCCUGGGGCCGACGUCGAGCUUCGUGCCGAUCAAGCACCUGGCGUUCGAGCACCGGAUGUACCUGCCGCUGGCGUGCGUGCUUGUGCUUUUCGUGCUCGGCGUGCGUGCGGUGUCGCGUCGGGCCGGUUGGCGGGCGGACGCGGUGACGGUGGGGCUCUGCGUGGUACUGAGCCUGCCCUGGGCGGCGCUGACGUUCGCGCGGAACGCGCAGUACCGGGACCCGCUCGCGCUGUGGGAGCAGAACACGCUGCUCGAGCCGGACAGCCCGGCGGCGUGGACGAACCUCGCGAACGAGCAGCGGGAUGCGGGGGAUCCGGAAGCGGCGCUGUCGUCGUACCGCCUCGCGGCGGGGCUGGACCCGCGCGUCGCGUCGCGGUGGAUGCGAGUGGGGCUGCUCGCGAGCGAGCUGGGGGACCGGACGCUCGCGGUGUCGUCGAUCGCGACGGCGGUGGAGCUGAUCGACGAGAAGGUGUCGCGUUCGCACCCGGACCUGCAGCGGGUGCUGCGGCGGGAGCAGCGGUUCGCGUGGACGAGCCUCGCGGGGGUGCUCCUUCGUGAUGGGCGUCGGGAGGAGGCGCGGGCGGCGUUCGCGCGGGCGAUCGAGAUCGAUUCGGACGAGAUCCCGGGGGCGGAGCGGGCGGUGGCGCUGGCGGGGUUGGGGUCGCUGUAUCAGACGGACGAGCGGUACGAGCGGGCGAUCGCGUUGUACCGCGAGGCGCUGGAGAACGAUCCGGGGAAUGAGGUGUACGAGCGUCGGUACGCGCUGUGCCUGCAGCUGGCCGGCGGCGUAGGCGAUCCAGCGGAGCUGGCGGAUGGCGACGUGCUUGCCGAGGAGGCACGCGGGGAGGAGGCAGAUCGCGCCCUGGAGCGAUCGCGCGAGAGCGGUCGCGAGGACGCGGGCGCGGCCUUUGAAUGCGCCUUCGAGUCGGAUCGCGUGGUCGGCGAUGUUGGUCCCGACUCUGUAGGCGCGCCGGCAGAUCCACUUCGGGGCGAUGCGUGUCGCGGGGAUGUCCUCGUGCACGACGGCCUCGUCGCACCAGAGGAUGGCGUGGCCGGCGUCGUGGAUUCUUCGGAAGAGGAAGGUGUCCGCGCCGCCGCGCAGGGCGGCGGACUCGUCGAAGACGGGGUCCAUCGCGCGGACCGUGGCGGCGCGGGCGAGGGUGUUGUUGGUGUAGGCGCGGUUGCGGGGCGUGCCGGUCGGGAAGCGGCGGCGCUGGAAGAAGCGUCCCCGUCUCGCCCAGUCUGGCGCGUCGUCGGGGAGGUGGGCGACGAUGGGGCCGGCGACGACGUCCGCCCCGGUCGCGCGCUGGUAGGUCAGGAGGGUGUCGAGCCAGUCUGGUUCGGCGUGCUCGUCGUCGUCGAUGAAGACGAGCCACUCGGCGCUGGCCGGCGCGGCGGCGACGCUCGCGUUGCGGGCCUGGGAGAUGCCCCGGAUCGGCUGGUGGGUGUAGAUCAGCUCGUGCGGGCUCUGGAGAGCGGCGAUCAGGGGCUCGGCGGAGCGGUCGGAGUCGUUGUCCGCGACGACGACGGUGAUCCGCGGGGCGUCGGACGCGAAGGUCUGCGCGUCGAGCGAGCGCAGGAGCUUGGCGAGGCCCUUGGGGCGCUUGUAGGUGGCGAUGCAGACGGCGACGUGGGCGGGCUCGGGCACGGCGUGAGGAUAGCGGAGGGCCGGGCGGGGGCGUGGAUGGCGUUGAUCCUGGGGGCGGUCGUGGGGCAGCUCCUGGGCAACCCGUACGCGUCGUCGACGGGCACGUGGAGCAAGAAGCUGCUCCAGCUGUCGGUGAUGCUGCUCGGGUUCGGGCUCACGUACCAGGAGAUCGCGACCGUCGGGAGGGACGCGGCGGUGUACACGUUCGUCGGGAUCUCGCUGACGCUCGCGCUGGGGUGGGCGCUGAACAAGGCGAUCAAGGGGGACGGGGUGACGUCGUUCCUCGUGACCGUGGGGACGGCGAUCUGCGGGGGGAGCGCGAUCGCGGCGGUCGCUCCGGCGGUGCAGGCGGAGGACAAGCAGACGGGCGUGGCGCUCUCGACGGUGUUCACGCUCAACGCGGUCGCGCUGCUGCUCUUCCCGGUGAUCGGGCACGCGCUGGAGAUGGAGCAGGGGGCGUUCGGGGUGUGGGCGGCGAUGGCGAUCCACGACACGUCGAGCGUGGUCGCGGCGACGGACACGUACGGGGACGAGGCGCUGAAGAUCGGGACGACGGUGAAGCUGACGCGGGCGCUGUGGAUCAUCCCGCUCGCGCUGAUCGCGGGGUUCGCGCUGAAGCACAAGGGGAAGGCGAAGUUCCCGUGGUUCCUGCUCGGGUUCAUCGGGGCGGCGGUCCUGGCGAGCGUGUUUCCGGAUCCUCGGUGGGAGUGGGGCUACAUCGCGGGCAAGCGGGUGCUGGUCGUGACCAUUUUUCUGGUCGGCUGCGGGCUGACGCGGGAGGUGCUGCGGAAGGCGGGGCCGCGUCCGCUGGCGCUGGGGGUGGCGCUGUGGGUGAUCGUGAGCGUGGGGAGCCUGCUGGCGAUCCGUGCGAUGGAAACGAAGACGUACGCGGUCCGCGGGAUGCACUGCGAGGCGUGCACGAAGACGGUGCGCGAGAAGCUCGAGGCGCUGGAGGGGGUGGACCGCGCCGAGGUAUCGCUCGCGGAGAACGAAGCGCACGUGACGCUUUCGAGCGACGUAUCGAUCGGAGACCUGAACGACGCGCUGGCCGGAACGGAUUACGUCCUCGACCGCGAGCGCGACGAAGCGGAAGAGGAAGUGCCCGCCCCGAAACCGAAGAAGCCGGGCAGAGAGGCGGUGGAGGAGCCGAAGGAGCCGCUUUCCAAGCGGCUCUGGCCGCUCAUCCUGCUCGUGGGCUACCUGAUCGUCGUGCCCGGAGUGCUCGCGCUGUUCCGAGGGGAGUGGACGGCGACAGCGCACAUGCGUCAGUUCAUGGGCGGGUUCUUCAUCGCGUUCUCGUUCUUCAAGCUGCUCGAUCUGCGCGGGUUCGUGGGGGCGUACCGGGGGUACGACCUCGUGGCCGGUGCGUUCCCGCCCUACGCGUGGUUCUACCCGUUCAUCGAGCUGGCGAUCGGGAUCCUGUACCUCGCGUUCGCGACGGCGACGGUCGUGGCGCAGGUCCUCAACGGGGUGGUGAUCGUGCUGAUGCUCGUCGGGCUCGUGGGCGUGGUGCGGGCGAUCCUGAGACCGGGCCACGUGCGGUGCGCGUGCAUGGGGACGGUGCUCAACCUGCCGAUGACGUGGGUGACGUUCACGGAGAACGCCGCGAUGGCGGCGAUGGCGGGGACCAUGGCGGAGCAGAGCGGGGGCGAGCUGAGGCGCGAGGUCGGGCUCGUGGGCGCGGUGCUGCUCGGGCUGGGCUCGAUCAUGGGGACGGGGGUGUUCGUUUCGGUGGCGCUGGGGGUUCGGCUCGCGGGUGAGUGGGUGUACGGGAACCGGUUGCUCGGCCCGCGCGCCGGGUUCACGGCCGGGUGGAUGUUCCUGCUCGCCAAGAGCGCGAGCGCGGCGACGGCGGCGCUGGGAUUCGCGGGGUACGUGCUGGGGCUCGUCGGGAUCGACGCGGGGCGGUGGAUGUUUGCGGGCGUGGCGGUGGGGUGCGUCCUCGCGCUGACGGUGUGCGUGCUCGCGGGUGUGCGGCGGUCCAACGCGGUGAACGCGGCGCUCGUGGUGAUCACGCUGGGGGCGCUGUGGGUGUUUGUCGCACUGGCGAUGGUGAAAUGCGGCGGCCACACUUCGGAGGUGUCUGAGCUUCCGGGGGCGCCGUCGUUCCUGCAGGCGUGCGCGCUGAUGUUCGUGGCGUACACGGGGUACGGGCGGAUCGCGACGCUCGGGGAGGAGGUGCGCGAGCCGCGCCGGACGAUCCCGCGGGCGAUCGUGGUGACGAUCGUGGUGACGGUCUUUGUUUACGUCGCGGUGGCGCUCGCGGGGGUGCGCGGGGCGGGGGUCGAGGCGUUCGGGCUGAGCGCCGCGCCGCUCGAGGACGCGGCGCGGGCGAUGGGGAGCGAAUCGGUGGCGCUCGUCGUCGCGGUCGGGGCGUGCGUGGCGAUGCUCGGGGUGCUGCUCAACCUGAUCCUGGGGCUGUGUUCGCGCGGGUGA